UGCGCCCUGUGGAAACCGCAAUGUGGGCUUAUAAAGUCUGGUUUAAAGCCUGGCUAGCAUUUACACAAGUCAUGGACGACUAUACCGAUGACUCGUCUACCGCAUUUACCCAAUUCACACCAACCGAGACCGUUUUCGGCGAUGUCUGGGACGGUCGGCCAUAUGCGGUACCUUGGCCGGGUAAUAAAUACAACAUUUUUAUAAACGGUACGAACCGGGCAAUAUGCACGAAUAACUCGGGCGGCCUCUACGUCCAUGACUUCAACGAAGACCAUUUCCAACAACACACAUGGCUAUGCGUCGAAAAGAAUGGGUAUUUUGGCUUUGUCAAUUCUCAAACAGGCAACUUUAUAGGCCACAAAGAUGAUGAUAAGCUGCACUCCGCAGCACUCCACCAUGAAGCUUGGGAGCUUAUGACCGUGAGGAAGCAUCCUGAAGGGGGCUAUGAGUUGCUAAUGCCACAUUGGUGGCAUACGCUUAAGAAAGUGGGCGUCGUCGAAGGUUCGGAUGAUGUGGUGUUGCGACAGCAUAUAUUGACUACUUGGCAGUUUGUCAAAGCAGAUUAGACACUGCAUUGAAGUGAACACAGAACUUGGCGACGUGUCUUGCAUGCCUAAUUUUUAUAAUAUACUCAAGAACUCUUCUAUAUAUCGCGAUUUUAUCA